AUGCAUGAUCUAGUUGAGAAGGCUCACGCCGAGCUUCUCGUCAAUCCCCAACAGCCAGCAUAUGAUCAGCAAGCUGUUCUCGAUCGGCUGGAUCGAAUCGAGGCAGCAUUGGGAAUCAGAGAAGCCCCGCUACAGUCAGUCUCCGCAACUGAGACGCUAGAGGAUGAGCAGCCCGACUUGUCACCAGUACGAGGACUUUGGAAAGCGCUUGCCCGUCUCAGGACAAUCAGUGGCUCAGUCCCAGAAGACAGAAUCUGGUCAAAACCGGUGGUGAAGCAUUUGUGGGGCGCCUUCCUAGAUAACUUGCCUCUUCUUCACUUUUUAAGGGAUAGGACCAUUUUUGAGCCCCCCACGCCGUUACUUCUAGCGUCUGUGCUCUAUAUUUCUGCGCUGCUCAACAAGGACCCAGAGCUAUCAGCAACGGAAUCUGGCUAUUUCAAUGCGAUGGGCUGUGCAAUAUCUCAACUGGUCAAUCCCUGCUCGCAGAAAGAUGCACACACUGCAAAUGGUACCAUGCAUGGAUCGAUCUCGACGGUUGCGUCACAAGACAGACGAGAUGAAGUGUUCCAUGACAUCCUUGGGCUGAUCAUGGCUAGUCUGAGCUCUGAAGCCUUCAUUGAUUCAACGGGCUCUUGGAUUGCAAUUGCCUACCGGCUUUGGCUUGACCAUUGCCCUUCAGACCGAAGCCCUAACCACUCUGACUGGCGGGCUCUCUUCUGUGGUCUCCAGCUCAUCGAUAUUGAGCAUGCAUCAAUGCAUAUGACGUACCCUGUGUUACCCCGCCAGCCACCAGGAUCCAGUGUGCAGCGAUUGAACACACAUCAUGGUAGUGCAUUUCAGGAUCUCGCUGAUAUGAUGCACUACGGCCUGAGUCACUUUGUUGGCAAGGGGUUGCCAACAAUCUGGUGCUCCAUCAACACCGAUCUUGCCCCAGACACUCCUGUCCUUGAAUCUGAUUUCUCGGCUCAUGAUUCCAAUGUGAUUCGACUUUGGGCGCGCAAACUAGAUGAUUGGCUGGUCCGAUACAAUGGUACAUCCCAACCGAGUCCCUCGGAUCGGCAGGGGAUUCUCAUUCUGCUCCAAUACCACUUACACAAACUCUAUGUGCUUUCUAUAUACUAUCCGGCCCGUGGGUUUAACUUGAGUUCUGCCAAGAUCACCCCAGCAGAGAGACAUGAAUUACUCGUCUCCGCAAGAGCUGUGCUACGUUUACGGCAGGAUGACGCUGGUAUCUGGUCAAACUGGGAUCUGAUUGUGAGAUUUGGAAUCGCAAGUAAAAGACCCUCUGACCAAGUUGAACUGACCUCCUCCCCCUCUCCUCAGAUGAUCACAUGGGCUUCAAUACUCCUACUGCGUGGCGUGGAAGACGGCGUCACACAUCAAGAUGAUCUCAAUUUCAUCCAAGCACAUCUGCAAAGCUUACAACGAAGCCACCCAUCCACAGUGAGCAUCCACACCGUUCUGUCCCAACGACUUGAAUCAAGCAUGCAUGCAAUGCACACGCCUCCAACCGAUAGCUCGGCGCUUGCCUUUCCAGGCCCAUUCGCUGACGACUCCUGGACAAUCUUCGACCAAGAAAUUAUGUCCCUUGCGAAUCCACCAUGGCUAUUCCAAGAAGGAGCAGCUGCUCUUUCGGAUCCGCAGAAGUCUUCAACCUCGGCUCUUCCCGUCGUACAACAGGGUUCAUCUUAUGAGUCUGGUCUGUUGGUGGGCAAUGAUCAGCAAUUUCAUUCUGGGAACCAAUGGGGCAAUGCGGGCCCAUUGCGAGGUUCCAUGCCAUCUUUACUGAAUUGA